AUGGAUCUGACGGGGGCGCUGCCGGACGAGGUGUGGGAGGGCCUGUUCGGCUGGCUCGACACGGGGCGCGACUUGUGUGCCGUCGGCGCCUCGUGCACGCGUUUCCAUAACAUCGUCUCGGGGCCAUCGUUGUGGCGCCACCUCACGCGUCGUCACUCGAAGUACCAGCUGUGCGAGAGCGGAGCCGAGUACGCGGCCGCGCUCGAACGUAGUGGCCGCUGUCUGCCACCACCAACCAGCAAUGCUGGUGUUGGCGACUUUGACUUCGAUGAAACAACGACACAACCACCACAGACGCCCGACGGCGACGAAGUCCAGAUCGACGACAGCGGCGCCGUCCAGGGCGCAUGCUCGCUGGAGGGCCUUCUCCGCUUCUUCUUCAGCGAGCCCACCAUCCAGAACGCGAAAGCGUGGAUGCGGUGGGCCGAGGUGGACGUGUGGCUGUACAACUACGCCACCGCCUUCUCGCACGACCAGUUCCUUCUUGCGUUGAGGUGGGGUCCACAGUGCGCCGACUACUGGUUGCUGUGGCGGCGCACGCUGCCGCGGAGCAGGCUGGUCGGCGUGCUGGCCAAGUGGGUCAACCUGUGUCCGGCCCUGCUGGGCCUCGCCGAGCCCUUGGAAGCCCUCGAGCAGCACCUGCGCGCCGAGGCCUGCCUUCACCCCAAUGACCUCACACUGCUGCUGGACGUCGCGAAUGGUCGGCGCAGCCGAGUGGCCUUGCCCAGCAGGUGGGGUCCACAGUGCGCCGACUACUGGUUGCUGUGGCGGCGCACGCUGCCGCGGAGCAGGCUGGUCGGCGUGCUGGCCAAGUGGGUCAACCUGUGUCCGGCCCUGCUGGGCCUCGCCAAGCCCUUGGAGGCUCUCAAGCAGCACCUGCGCGCCAAGGCCGGCCUCCAGCCCGAUGACCUCACACUGCUGCUGGACGUCGUUUCCGAGCAAGCCAAGAGAACGAAAACGAGAGCAAAAGCGAAGAAGAACGAACCAGCAACCAAAACGAGAGCGAAGAAGAACGAACCAGCAACGAAAACGACGCGCGUGGCGAUGACCAACAGCGCCAGGAAGCCGAACGCCAGACAGACGAUUACGACGGAGAGGAGAAACCAACGAGCCGCGGAGAAACGGGCGUCGAGGGUCGGCAAACGCAAGAAGGAUGAAGUGGAUGAGGACGGCGAUGGGUCGGGGCUGGUGGGCGACUUCCUCGCGGCUCACCCGCACGACAUUGCUGUGGCUCUGACUGCGCGCCACUGGGCGAUCUUCGGCCCGAUCCCACUGCUCGACCUCGUGGGCACCUGUGUCGAGGCCGAAGUACCGGCCAUCAAGCAAUUAGGCGAAGAAUCCUCUCAGUUGAGGCGAGCGAUCACGGUGACCAUCGCAUCGCUGGCCAGGGCCAAGCUCAAGGCGCGGGUGUACAAGAAGUGGGUCAAGGUGGCUUGGAAGCUGCGGCUGCUCAACAAUUUUGAGUUCAUGCUCCAUGUCAUGGAUGCGCUUGAGUCCACCCGUUUGGAAAAGGCCCAGCCUGAUUGGGAGUCGGCGCAGCAUACACGCGGCGUUGGGCCUGAGUACCGGGAGGCAUUGGCCCAAGCGCAGCCUCCCUGCAUUCCCUUCCUGAACCUGGAUAAUGGUGGCCAAGUCAUGGGCGUGCAGGCCAGGCUGGGCGUUGGAAGCUUAUGA